AUGACGGACAGUCGUCACUCAGGUCGUGCUGAGGCCGAGCUGAAGAACUUCAGUCCCCACUACAGACAACAGUACUUUGUAGCCUUCUUCUCUCAGCUGCAGGAGGAGGUGGAGCAACACAAAGAGACCCACACACAGCUCCUUAAACAGAGGGAGCCCCUUAGGCCAGAGGAAGUGCUGUAUCAGGACAGUGUUCUGCACUAUGACGACACCGGGAAGUGGAAGGAGAGGUUUGUGGUGAUGAGAGCCAAUCACAGCCUGGAGUAUCAUGACAACCAGGAGAGCUUCGGUAAAGGUGUUCCGGCCAGACAGAGACUCCUACCAACAGGGGGCGUAGUUCUGACAUCCGAGGAGAAGUACACAGCGCUGGUGGACAAGGCCUUCCCUGACCCUAAAUGUUUGAAGGAGGAGACAUCUCCCCCCAUGGUAGUGGUACCUUCUGGUCAGUUCCCUGUCUACCUCAGACUGUUUGAAGGAGGAGACAUCUCCCCCCCAUGGUUUGAAGGAGGAGACAUCUCCCCCCAUGGUAGUGGUACCUUCUGGUUUGAUGGAGGAGACAUCUCCCCCCAUGGUUUGAAGGAGGAGACAUCUCCCCCCAUGGUAGUGGUACCUUCUGGUCAGUUCCCUGUGUACCUCAGACUGCCCUACAGACGAGAUGUGUACUUCAGCUUCCCCCAGGAGGACCGACGAGCGACCUUCCUCUCCAUCCUCACGGGCUGCAUCAGGCACCAGAACCACGAUUCUCUGAGGAGGUCCUCCUGUGAGUCUCAGGCGUUCCUCAAGGCCAUACAUUUCUACCGGCAGGAGAAAGGACACUAUGAGUCCUGGGACAUGCUGGUGGGCUGUGAGGAGCAGGUCCUAGCCAAUCUGGUUUUGGAGGAGCUUCAACCCUCUCUACAGACAGAACUGCUGGCCAGACUGAAGGGAAAGAAAGCAGGGAGGAAGAGAGUCUGGUUCACCACGUUGGAAGCCGCGUACUACCUGGUCCAGGACCAGCUGAGGGAGGGUCUGAAGGGUCUGAAGGAGGAGUGUAAAGAGACAGCCAGGUCUCAUGAAGCUCUGCUUCGUUCUGAUAUGGACCAGAUAGCCAGUUCUAGAACCUUCCUGCAGGCCAAGCUACAAGCCUCCGUCAGUGAUCCAGCAGUAAAGUUCUGCAGCGAGAACGUGUCUCCGUACCUGGCGUCCAUCUUGGAAGAGCUGAUGUCUCCGGUGACGGGGGGUUUCCAGGGGGUCCGGCUUCUCCUGGAGGGGGAGAUAAACGCUCUCUGUCUGGGCUUCCCCGAGGGAGGGGGGCAGGAGGGGUUAAACCAGGCGCUGGGUCAGAUGGGUCAGAUGUGUCAGGCAAGUCUGGAGGAGUGUUACCAGAAAGUGGAGGUCCUGACAGAACAGCUCCAGGAACUCAGGCAUCGCUUCAAGUUCUCCAACUCAGUUCGUCUGAUCCACACCACGCAGAUAGACAUGCAACAGCUGAUGGAGAAUGCUGUGUACACCUUUAAAUUGCUCCUCCAGAGCUCACUGAAAGACAACCCUUCCAAACUCACCUCAGCCAUGGAGAAAGCAAAGCUCAGAGUCCUCAAGCAGUAUGACCAUGACAGUAGCACGGUGAGGAAGAGGUUCUUUCAGGAGGCUCUGGUUGACAUCACGUUACCUGCUAUCAGGAGGAACAUGGCUCCGGCACACAAACCGGACUUGCAGAAGUUGGACCAGUACAUCUUUGCUGAUUACACCAACUUCAUCAAAGUGGAAAACGUUUAUGAAGAUGUUCUACUGCACAUUCUGACCAUCGAGGUCGACAAAGUGGUGAAAGAAGCUGCCAGUCUGAGGAAGAACAACUUGAUGGUGGACAGUACUGACCUGCAGAGCGCCAGCCAGAGCAGCCUGACAGACAGUCGCACCCCUCCCCUCUCCUCCCCCGCCAGCCCUGCCAAGAUGGCUGUCUCUGGGCUGAGCAGACAGGCCGAGCAGGCACCUUCUACCCUGGUGGGGAACUCGUCUUCUAGCGCUGGGAGGCUGGAGGUGGAAGGUGGCCCAGUGGUCCCAGAUAUGGCUGCCCUCACUCCUCCUGUCAUUGUCAUAACUCCAGAAAGUGAGGCUCCAGACCCAGUCCCACUCCCAGCCGCAGCACAUAUACCUACCAAUACUGCUGAUGUCGCUGUAGCAGAGCCUGAUACCCCUUCACCUCUACCUGAAAUGUCCUCUGCUGAAAGCGAUUACACCUCUGGUGCUGCCUCAACCAAACCUGAUGCUUCCUUAGUCAAUCAAGACACCCCUUUGGCCACAAUCACACCUUAUGCCCCCUCCCCCAAGGCUUCUCUUCCUGUGGCUGAACCAGCUCCCCAGACACCUGAAGUUACAGACACAGCAUCCCAACCACCAGGAACUGAAGACAAACCAGACACGGCCAAAGCAUCCCAACCACCAGGAACUGAAGACAAACCAGACACAGCCAAAGCAUCCCAACCACCAGGAACUGAAGACAAACCAGACACAGCCAAAGCAUCCCAACCACCAGGAACUGAAGACAAACCAGACACGGCCAAAGCAUCCCAACCACCAGGAACUGAAGACAAACCAGACACAGACACAGCCAAAGCCAGAAACAGCCCAGUGAGUGACAGUGUGUCGGUGUGUGUCGAGUCUCUAUCAGCAAUGAGUAUGAUUCUUCCUGAGGCCACGGUGCCCUUCACUGGUCAGAGACAGAGACAAGCCACAGACAGAGCAGUCUACCUGAAAGCUCCUGCAGGGGUGAAGGAGGGGGCAUCUGUACCUCUCACCGUGGACGAGAAGGAAGAGGAGGAAGAACAUCUUUGUAAGGAGGCAGAGAACACAGAAGCACAUCACAUUGGUACAGCCCCAUCCAACGCCCAUAUAGAAAGUGUAGACAGUGAUUCGGUCCACUCUGACACCCCUCCAGAAAUGAAAGCCAGUGGUACAGUCCAAACUAGCUCAUCUACCCAAGCCAGAGACACUGAACCAGCCUCCCUGACUCAGAAUGACCUUAACCCCACAGGAUCAGAGAUGCAGCAUGGAGGCAGUGAGGACAGAGCGACAGUUACCUCCGUCUCUAGAGUUACUGUCACUGAGAGCGAGGGUGCCCUGCUUGCAUGCAAUACCCUGGUCACAUCACCAGAGGGUGCUACUACUCCACUCACUGGACCUGGGGAGGGUGUAGUGGAGGCAGGGGACAGAGAGGCUCUGGAGUGUGUAGUGGAGGCAGGGGACAGAGGAGAGGCUCUGGGGGGUGUAGUGGAGGCAGGGGACAGAAGAGAGGCUCUGGGGGGUGUAGUGGAGGCAGGGGACAGAGGAGAGGCUCUGGGGGGUGUAGUGGAGGCAGGGGACAGAAGAGAGGCUCUGGGGGGUGUAGUGGAGGCAGGGGACAGAAGAGAGGCUCUGGGGGGUGUAGUGGAGGCAGGGGACAGAGGAGAGGCUCUGGGGCUACAGUCUAACGCAGUGGGGAUGGAGGCAGAGGAGGGAGAGGAGGAAGAGCAGGAAGCGUUUCCACUGGAUAGUGUGAAGUCCAUCCGUGACUUGGUGAUGGAGGUAGUGGAGGUAGAAGAGCUGAUACAGAGGUGUCCCCCAGGAAACAGCACUCCCUAG